AUUCCUCUCGUUCUCUCUCACUAAUUCAUUUUCUCUCUUUUCACCAAAAUUUUCCCUCCUCUCUCUCGGUCUCCAAUCACUGCUAUCUCUCUCUCUCGCGCGCGCGCGCACAGAUAAAAAUUCAAGGACUGUUUACUAUUCAAUGCAAUUUGAAUAAGGGAUGGAAGAAAAGCUAGAGGAAGCUGAUGAUGUUGAGAGCACUUCUAGCGAUUCUUUUAUUGAUGGCCUAGAAGAUGGCUCAGAAGAUGAUGGACCGUCAACAUCUGGACAAGAUGAGGGGAUGCGUCUUGAGGAUCCUUUGACUGAGGAAGAAAUAGAAGAGCUGAUUGCUGAGUUCUUGGAAGUUGAGAGUAAGGCUGCAGAGGCUCAAGAAGCACUUGAAAAGGAUUCCCUUGCCAAUGUGGAGAGUGAAGUUAGAGAGGAGUUGGCACAGACUCUCCAAGGGGAUGAUUUGGAAACGGCUGUUGCAGAUGAAAUGAGUACGCUUACAGAAGAGUGGGAAACUGUGCUUGAUGAGCUUGAGACCGAGAGUGCUCAUUUGUUGGAACAACUUGAUGGUGCUGGUAUUGAGCUACCAAGCCUUUAUAAGUGGAUUGAAAGUCAGGCUCCUAAUGGUUGCAGCACUGAAGCUUGGAAAAAGAGGGUGCACUGGGUUGGGUCUCAGACAACCAGUGAAGUUACUGAGUCUGUAGUUGAUGCUGAGAACUUUCUUCAAAUCCACAGGCCUGUAAGAAGACGACAUGGUAAACUAUUGGAAGAGGGUGCAAGCGGAUUUCUGCAGAAAAAACUUGCUGUUGAUGGAAGCAAGGAGGCUGUAACAGAAAAUCCAGAGGUUGAUUGGUCCUCUCUCAACAAAAUAUUUUCUGAUCAUGUGUCAGUUGAUGACACUACAUUUGGCAGCAAGAAUUGGGCCUCUGUAUACUUAGCCAGCACUCCACAGCAAGCAGCAGUGAUGGGACUUAAAUUUCCUGGAGUCAAUGAGGUGGAGGAGAUUGAUGACAUUGAUGGAAGUUUUAAUGACCCAUUUGUUGCAGCUGCUAUUGCAAAUGAAAAGGAACUUGAUCUUUCUGAAGAACAAAAGAAAAAUUUUAGAAAGGUUAAAGAAGAAGAUGAUGCAAAUGUAGAUCUGAAACUACAAAUUCAUCUCAAACGGAGGAGACAUAGGCAGAGACGUAAACAGGAGGUCAGUCAGAAAUUUGUUUCCGCAGUUGAUCAGGUCUUAGAAAGCAAUUUAGAUAAGUCCUCGUCGUGGGUUGACAAUUCUAAUCCUGUUUCAAAUGAGAAAAAUUGUGAAGAUGGGAAUGGUCUGCCUAAUAAUCACAAUGAGGUUGCAUGCCAGAAUGUCCAGACGGAUAUGCUUGAUGCUUCUGAAACUUGUAAUGAUCUUGACAAUAAAGGGCCGAUGAAUAAUGCUCCUUCAUUGUCUGAGCCUGCUUUGCCUGAUCAUACUGGACCUAGAGGCUCCAAGCGUCCAAAUGAGAUUGAGGAGCUAAAAGUUGAUAACAAGAAGAGUCGGACUGUUAUCAUAGAUAGUGAUGAUGAAACUCAUUUUGUGAAGGAAAAUUCACAUCCUAAUGCCACUAGCUUGGACCCUGAUUCUAAUUCCAAAGAAAAUAUUGGCGAGCCUGGUGCUGAUUCUAUUCCAUUGCAGAGUCAGAAUGAGAAGUUUGACUGUACUGCUUGUAGUAAGCUAGCUGUUGAAGUGCACCGACAUCCACUUCUGAAAGUAAUUAUUUGCCGGGAUUGCAAAAGCUUAAUGGAAUAUAAGAUGCAGAUGAAGGAUUCUGAUUGUGCUGAGUGUUACUGUGGAUGGUGCGGAGGAGGCAGUGAUUUGGUAAGUUGCAAAAAAUGCAGGACAUUGUUCUGCACCACUUGUAUAAAGAGGAACAUUGGUGCGGAAUGCUUGUCUGAGAUACAGACAUUGGGCUGGAAGUGUUGUUGCUGCUGUCCAAGUCUACUGCAGAGAUUAUCAUUACAGUUAGAGAAAGCCAUGGGAUCUGGAACUUUGAUAGUUUCUAGCUCUGAUAGUGAUUCUGAUAAUUCAGAUUCAGACUCAGAUUCAGAUUCAGAUGUGAAUGUUGCAUACAGCUCUAAGAGAAGGAACAAAAAGAAAAUUCGAAGGAUCCUUGAUGAUGCUGAAUUAGGAGAAGAGACUAGAAGAAAAAUUGCAAUCGAAAAGGAACGCCAAGAACGUCUGAAGUCUUUGCAAGUACAGUUUUCGGCCAAGUCUAAGAUAAUGAGCUCUGCAGGCUCUAAUGGGAAUUUAUCUGAAGGUGCUAGUGUUGAAGUGCUUGGUGAUGCUUCCACUGGUUAUGUAGUGAAUGUUGUAAGGGAGAAAGGGGAAGAAGCUGUCAGGAUUCCUCCAAGUAUCUCGGCUAAAUUGAAGGCCCAUCAGGUUACGGGGAUAAGAUUUAUGUGGGAAAAUAUCAUACAGUCUAUCAGAAAAGUGAAGUCUGGGGAUAAAGGUCUUGGUUGCAUUUUAGCUCAUACCAUGGGCCUUGGUAAAACUUUUCAGGUCAUAACUUUCUUGUAUACUGCUAUGAGAAGUAUCGACUUGGGAUUAAAAACUGCACUCAUUGUUCUUCCGGUGAAUGUGCUACAUAAUUGGCGGCAUGAGUUUAUGAAGUGGAGGCCUUCAGAGUUAAAGCCACUUCGUGUCUUCAUGCUGGAAGAUGUAUCAAGGGAAAGAAGAGCUGAAUUGUUUGCUAAGUGGAGGGCUAAGGGUGGUGUCUUCUUGAUUGGGUAUACAGCUUUUCGGAACUUAUCCCUUGGAAAGAAUGUAAAGGAUCGGCACAUGGCUAGAGAAAUUUGUUAUGCCUUGCAGGAUGGACCUGAUAUACUUGUUUGUGAUGAGGCCCAUAUGAUUAAGAAUACGAGGGCUGACACAACCCAAGCCUUGAAACAAGUGAAAUGCCAGCGAAGAAUUGCAUUAACUGGAUCACCUCUUCAGAACAAUCUCAUGGAAUAUUAUUGUAUGGUUGAUUUUGUAAGAGAGGGUUUUCUUGGAAGCAGCCAUGAGUUUAGGAACCGCUUCCAAAAUCCUAUUGAGAAUGGUCAGCAUACUAAUUCAACUCUUGAUGAUGUGAAAAUUAUGAACCAAAGGUCUCAUAUCCUCUAUGAACAGUUGAAAGGAUUUGUCCAGAGAAUGGACAUGAAUGUGGUGAAGAAUGACUUGCCGCCCAAAACUGUCUUUGUGAUUGCUGUAAAACUUUCUCCCUUGCAAAGGAAAUUAUACAAGAGAUUUCUUGAUGUGCAUGGAUUCACUAAGGACAAGGUUUCCAAUGAAAAGAUUAUAAAGAGAAGUUUUUUUGCUGGGUACCAGGCGUUGGCUCAGAUAUGGAACCAUCCUGGGAUCUUACAAUUGACCAAAGAAGACAAAGACUACGUAAGAAGGACUGAAGAUGCUGUAGAGAAUUUUCUCGUGGAUGACAGUUCUAGUGAUGAAAACAUAGAUUAUAAUAUGGAUAUUGGAGAUAAGCCAAAGAGUGCAAAUGAUUAUCUGCAGGGAAAAAAUGGUGCUGGCUUUCUUCCAAAGGAUUGGUGGAAUGAUCUUCUUCAUGGCAAUAAUUUUAAAGAGCUUGAUUACAGUGGCAAGAUGGUUUUACUGCUUGAUAUCCUAACCAUGUCUUCUGGUGUGGGGGAUAAAGUGUUGGUUUUUAGCCAGAGCAUACCAACCCUAGAUCUCAUAGAACUUUAUCUUUCAAGAUUACCUCGAAGUGGCAAAAGAGGAAAGUUUUGGAAGAAAGGAAAGGACUGGUAUAGGCUAGAUGGAAGAACCGAGAGCUCUGAGAGGCAAAAGCUGGUUGAGAGAUUUAACGAGCCCACAAAUAAGAGGGUGAAGUGUACUUUGAUUUCAACAAGAGCCGGAUCUUUGGGGAUUAAUCUUCAUGCUGCUAAUCGUGUAGUUAUUGUUGAUGGUUCUUGGAAUCCAACAUAUGAUCUUCAGGCUAUAUACCGGGCUUGGAGGUAUGGCCAAACAAAGCCGGUGUUUGCUUACCGAUUGAUGGCUCACGGAACCAUGGAAGAAAAAAUUUAUAAGCGUCAGGUGACAAAGGAAAGUCUGGCUGCAAGGGUGGUAGAUAGACAACAGGUAGGUAGGACUAUCUCUAAAGAAGAGAUGUUGCAUCUCUUUGAAUUUGGUGAUGAUGAGAACCUGGACACUUUGGCUGAUCUGGGCCUAGAGAACGGACAUACAAGUAACAACAAUAUGACGGGCCAAGUUGGGAAUUCUCAGACAAUGCCUCCUCAAGGAAGCUGCUCUUCAGACAAGAUAAUGGAAAGUUUACUUGGAAAGCAUUAUCCAAGAUGGAUCUCCAAUUACCAUGAACAUGAGACCCUUUUACAAGAGAAUGAAGAAGAAAAGCUAUCAAAAGAAGAGCAGGACAUGGCUUGGGAAGUAUACCAGAGAACGUUAGAAUGGGAGGAAGUGCAGCGAGUUCCUCUGGAUGAAUCUGCAUCUGAACGAAAGCCAGAUGCGUCAAGCAUGCCCCCUCCUGCGCCAGAGACCAGCCUUUCACAAUCUAAGAUGAGGAAUCGGUUGGUACAGAGGAAAUGCACUAACCUUUCACACCUGUUGACACUUAGAAGCCAGGGCACAAAAGUUGGUUGCACUACGGUAUGUGGGGAAUGUGCCCAGGAGAUAAGCUGGGAGGACCUCAAUCGGGAUGGUAAGACAGCGAGGUGAAGAACAGUGUCCUCCAUUUUGUUCAUAUGUGGUUAAACUGAUGUAAUUACUUGUGAUUAUAUACAGUAGAAGCAUAAGUUCAAUGUCCUUUUGAACACAAUAGUAACACCUUUUUUUUAGGUAUUGGUCCUAAAUUCCUGCUUUGUUGAUAGGGAGGAUUUUUCCUUUGCUUUGUUUAUUCCUUUUGUUUUUUUGGUUGGGGGCGAUUGUUUUCCCUUUUGAAAUGAUCGUGGGGACAGAGGAUGGGGGGGAUUAGGGUUUUAUUUAUACUGGUGGGAAUUUGGCCUUUUGUAAAUUUCUAUGACUACAAUUGAUUCUAAUGAAUUUAGUAUUCACGAAAGUCA